AUGACCUUCUACCUCUACCGCGUAGACAACGAUCAGAGGUACAAGCUCAAUGGCGUUAACAUGGCCAACCUCCUGGGUGACAUUUGGUAUCUUCACAACGAAGUUGUCUUCAACUGCCCUAGGAAGUUCAACAUCUCGCGAUUGACUCGCUUCAAAGUCACCUACCGCGCCACGAGGGAGAUGUGGGGUCAGAACAAGAACUUUGAUCACUUCGUUGCCUUUGACAAGGCCAAGUGCACCGUGCCUGGAUGCGCGCAGCUGCACUGGGAUCCCUUGGGGUACGUUGUCGGCUGCACGAAGAAUGACGUGGGACGCGUUGCGCUUCCUGGUGAAGCUGCCUGGUUCUCCUUGCCCGGGACCUGCCCCAGCAAGUUCUACUUCCAGAAGUCUGCCACCUGCGUUCGACAUGAACCGGGUGGGGAGUGCAAAGGCAGCGAGGUGACUGGCGCACGUGACUGUACUUACAAGAUUGAGGAGGCUGGGGAGAUUCAGCUGGAUGAACUUUCAGGCAUCAAGAACUACAACGAUGUUUGUGAGAGCACUGGCGUGCGAGAGUACGAUGAAGCCACCGACAAGGGCACAGGAACGAGCUUUUGGAAUGGCAAGGCUGACCCCAAGAAGGGUGCAGAGCGCGUGAAGUUCAUCUCGGAGCUGUUUGCAAAGCGAUUCCCUGCAUCUGGGUCUGAGACUUGGGUGAACCCGUGGCCCCAAGCUCUGGACAUGCCAGGCAGCGCGCGCUGCGUACGCCUGGCCUGUGGUGCAAAGCAUACCCUCUUCCUGACAGACCCCGCUGUGAUGUACUCAGCGCAAUUGAUCGGGAGAGAUGCAGACAAGAGGCAGAGGCAGCUGAGCAGCGCAGUGUCGGGCUGCGUGACCACGACAGAGCUACCCUUCGGCCACGAAAACGGCCUACCGGUUGAUAUCUUCUGCCACCCCAGCCUGAAUGUGUCAGUGGUGCUCACACGAGAGAACAGGUUUUUCAUCUGUGGCGAAGCCGGGAGUCUCUUCCACACCGCGGGACUCAUCGAGCAGUUUCUGCCGUACGACAGGGAUGCAAUCAUCAUCGAGAGCCGCAUCGUGUGCAUGAAGUCCAGCGCUGGAAAGGCUGCGGUAGAUUUGCUACGUAGAUGGUAUUUGAACCCUCUGUAA